GAAAAAAGUAGAGAGAAGACGCCUUCACACUACAGUCCAAUUGCUGCCCGUAUUGCAUCGCGAGAGGACAUGCUAUUUUGCUAUUGUCGCAUGCGCGGCACGUAGUCAAGGAAUCGAAAGAAAUUUGACGAGGUCGAAGCCGAAGAUAAGAACGCACAUGCGAUCAGGAGCGCUGAAUGCAGCAAUUACAACAAGUCUGAACAAGGAAAAACUCACGAUAUACUAAGAGUAACAACUACGUCAACAAAAUGCCAGACCUCAUAGGGGCGGGAGAACGCGACGAAAGCCGACAAUGCAUGGCGAGGCGCGACGACGGCCAGGCUGCUUCUAGUUCAUCUCGAGAUAAAAGUGCUCAUGCGAGGGAGGAGUUAAUGCUGAUGAACCACUAUGCGGACGAGGAGGAGUACGGUUACGUAAGACGACAGAUCAGGCGCGAGACAGCACAGAUGGCUGUGAAAACUCCUACUGUCACUGAACAAGACGGGAACAACUCGAUGCCGCUUUUCAUUUCGCAAAGGUAAGCGCAUCAUGACCAUGAGAUCAAUAUAUUUGCAGUCGAAGUAUCUGUGGGCUGUAGCACACAUCGAAAAUAUAGAUAAGCUGCGGACUUCUGAUAUUAUAGGGCGACCAAGAUAUAAGUAUAACCUUCGUGCUGUUCGUAUAAUUUCCGACUAGACCUUUAUCACCUUCAUGUAGAACACUAGGCUAGCAUACUUCUUGACUUUCUGAAGCCGGUCACAGUCUCCGCUAUAACCGGUGGAGCCCCGCCUCACAAGAUGCUCGAGGGCUGUCGCGCAUGAGCAGACAUUUACUCGUGGAAAGCCAGAAAGUUCUCUGACAGGCAAUCGCUCACCUAAAGAAGCAGGCACACAGAAUAUAAUGACCUUCUGAUAGCAUUGAUUCCGCAUCCAUUGUUAGUGUGCUUUUCUGUUAUUGUGAGUACACUAGUAAGUCGACCACGACUUCCGUGCAGAGCCUCACUCUAAUUGACGAUCGAACUGCAAUUACAUCAGGGACGACACCAGCGCGCGACAGGCUGACAAUGGUGAUCUUCGCCGACAGAGUCGCCGCUCCCACUAUGACAGUGAUCCCCUCGGUGUUGUUGAUAGUUACAUUGCCCCUUUGCAUGAUGGCGCGACGAUUCGGAUUCAGCAAUCCAGUGCGAGGACUGCUACAGCGCGAGUGCCGGACUGCGUCAAGACGAAGGAGGCGACUGCUGCCGAGAACAAGUAUGACUCCUCUCUGAUCGAGGGAGCGCAAAUGAGUGCGAACGGCGAUGGAGGCAGAAGUUGGACGGCCCAGCACCAGCAGGUUCUGGAAACACCGGGCGGAGGAGAAAGCUCUUCUGAUCCAGUUUUUUCGAGAAGCCCACACGGAAAUACCCCGAGACUACCUUCGUUCGGUGGGGACAUAAAUGCAGAUGGCGCAACCUCACCAGAAGGCUACCGCCUUUAUUUCAGUAUAUUUUUAUUUGCACCUGCUUUUUUUAUGUUCUCCUUCUCUCACGGCCUCCGUCGUUCUGUAUCAGCUUCUCAUUUGAUUGCGCGCCGUUAAUAUUCAAAACCAAACGCGGCCCAGCAGAAAUUGAAUGGCACAGCCCCCGCAUGGAGUGCGGUCCCAUUUGUACCCCGUGCAUUUGGUCAGCCGGAGUUUGCCCGCCUUUUCCCAUGUUCCAUCUGUUACUUACCCCGAAAGGAUGCGCCGACAUUCAUCUGUCGAGAAUCAAGGAGCCGGGAAAGCGAACAGCAACGCGGCCCACCUUUCGGCUUCGCCUAUGAAUCUCUUUCGUUUUAUGUAUUUUUAUCUACGUCGUUGGCUUUGCAUCUCCAACUGCAAAUGCAAACUGCUCCAUUGAUCAUCAGGCACCCGUUGCGAAGUUUUCUCCAGCACCUUCAGAGCAAGCUGCUCCUUGCCAGCAACUCAUACGAACAAUUGCGGCUCGACUGGCGCUGAUACCAUGAUCCAUCGUGAGAGUUUGCCUACCGUGCCGGAUGCCACAGCUGCCACCACAGUACUUUUUUCGUUGAUGCAUUCGUAGGAAGACACAUAUUUAUUACAUGGCUUUCCCAACAUUUACUCAAAGUCAAAACUUUGAGUAGGAGCUUCGCCCCGAAAUUGAUUCGUGAUUAUAUGCAAGCUGUUUGUUUUCUCUUGUGCGGAAGCUUCAACAAGAUUAAUACCGAUGCCACGACUCCAGAGUUUGGAUCGAGAUGCAAGCCAGAGGCUUCUCACUAACCUGCAAAAUCUACUUGCGCCAACAAGGUCCACAGCGGUCGCAGAGAACCAAGCGGGAAGCUUUACACAAUGGGCGAAAAUCAUUUUUACAACCUGGACUCCGUCUGCCUGGCGCCGCUGUCCGAUUUAGCUUCCGCCGUGUCUGGUAGCAGCACUAUCGCGUUUUACUCGUACAGGACCUUUACGCUCACAACAUACCUGCACCACGUAAGCAUAGUGUUGACCUUUUUAACACUGCUGGUGGACUUGUUCGCCGUGGGAAGCCUUUGCACUGCCGGAGUUGAACGCGCUGAUUGUCCGUCAGAAAACAUCAUUGCACUCGGACUUGUCUUGCCUGGGAUCCUCUUUGAUUUGGCGAACAUCUUCUGGAUGCGCGCGUACCUGCACGGAAUUCACGAAAGCGCUGAACGCGGGCGCUCGGUAUCUAGCGUACGCUGCCUGUUUUUUGAAUGAUUAGAUGAAGCAUGAUCCUCGUCCUGAAUUAUGCUGCUCUUUAAUAUUGCAGGCAGUUGGUACCAGAGCCAGAACGUCACAAGUAACCCGAUGAGUAUGCGUGAGCGCUUUAUUCUCUCUGUGCGAGUAUGAUUUUUUGCAUUUGAUCUAAACAUGAAUUGUGUAAAUGCCAACACAUAUUAAUCACUUCAAUCAGCUUCCGCCAAGAAUCUUUUUUGCGCGUAUGGUCGAAUUCUGGAUGGGGGUCUUUCAAGCCGCAUUCGCAGUUGUUUCCGCAGCUACCUUCUACCAGUUUAGCGGUUCAUCAUGCACGCAGGUAAUUACUUAGAAGAGGACUAGUCCCAACAGUUGAGGUCUAUUAUGAUCACCUCUUUUAAUAUUUUGUCGGUAUUCAUCAAAGAAAAACAGGAGCAUGAUCGAGGACCUACGAUGAAUAGCUUCGACAAGACUGUCUCUAAAAAAAACAGAGCCGCAUCGCUAUUUCGAGCAUUCUAUUGGCUUCGACGUACGCUCUCGCGGUCGUGUUUGAUCUGUGCGCCCUCGCCUGCAGAUACACCUUUCGCUUUGUAUCGAACGGAACCUCUUCGGACCCAGAACGCGAAUGGUUUCAGUACCUUGAUUACGUUCUGAUGAGAUGCGCCACUCCCGUGCUUGCAUGCCUGGUACUCGCGAUCGCGGGAGGUGCGGCCGCAACGUGCGAAAGCUCCACCGCUGCGUACCAUAUGGCUGGUCUCUUGGGAGCUGCCCUGGCUGCGGAUGUGUGUGUGGUAUUCUUACAUUUUUUCCUUACGACUACUCACUGUGCUCACUCUGUGUGGUAUUAGUCUUUUUCUUUUCCAUUGCUGCAUGAUGCUAAAGGAAGUAGUAGAGAUUCUAUUUAUAUGUCAUCUACAGGUUUGCUCCGCGAAUGAGUUUGAUGAUUGGGCUACCCGACUCUUUCGGCAAGGUAUUUUAAUUUUUUACUAUCCUACAUUGUUUUUGUUUCAGAUCCAGAUGCAGAUGGUUCGUAGUAGUCGUAUUUUUUUCGGGACUUGUUCUUGCCUAGGAGCAUGUACUCAGCGCUCUGUAACCCGCGCAGGUAAACCCAGCAUUCCUGUCGCAGCGUGCGCUAGCGUGUUCUGCAUCACGAUCUGGACCGCUGCCAUUGGCAUGAACCUCUUCACCUGCAUGAACGCACUGUUUGUGGCAGAGCUGAUAAUUGUAGGGUUGAUGACGAUUGGAGCUGUGAUUGCGGUUUUCAAAGCGGCCACUUUCACCGGACCCACAGCUGAUGGUGAGACUUCGCCCCUACUUACGAUAUAGAUAUCUCGUAUGAGAUGUGAGAUUUGUUUAAACCUGAUAAUUGGUAUUGAUGAUUUCUUCUUUUAUUUACUGGAGUUCUGGUUCUCUCACACUCGGUUACGGUUUCAACUCAGACUCAGAGCUAAAAAUGAAUCUAAGGAGCACUUUCACGAAUUUUGGUCCAAUGAAUGAACCAGUUUUGCGUCAAUGAGUGAUCAGUGUUAUGAAGCUUCUGUCGCGUUCAUUGAUAUACCUAUAGAGCUUGCCAUUACAUCUUUAUUUGAGCAAGAGCUUGAGCUUCAACUUUUUGUAUAAUUUGUUUCCAAGAAGAGGAUCGAGGACAAAGAAAUGACCAACGCUAGUACUCGCGGGUUCACUGAUGCCUGUUGUGAGUCGAAAACAGAUACGUUUGCACGAAAACUGCGGAGUGCCGCAGUGCACAAUCCUUCUAAGAUGUUGUUUCAGGAGGAGUACUUCGAGCUCAAUGUUGUGAAUACCUGCGGCAAUCCAAAUUCAUGUCGCUGAAGCAUUAGCAUCCGUCACUUGUGACGACUGCAGCUCCACCAGCUUCGGUAGAAUUGUUGUUCUACGACAGGCUACCGUGCUGGAUUGGUCUUAUCCCACACGCUGAGGAACAGAAACUCUCCUACCGAUGCCACCCAAGUUUAGUAUCUUGGGAGUUCAGAGUUAUAAUUUUAAUUGUGAGUUAAAGGUAUAUUAAUUUUGCUGGAAGGGGG